AUGGGAAAAUGGUGUCUAGGCCCAACGAUUGCGAAAGAUGUGACAGAAUUGAUUGGCAGAACCCCUCUCGUGUACCUCAACAAGGUGGUAACCGGAUGCGAGGCCCGCAUCGUCGCCAAGCUCGAGCUCAUGGGGCCCUGCUCCAGUGUCAAGGACAGGAUUGGUUACAGCAUGAUCGCCGAUGCAGAGGAGAAGGGUCUGAUCACUCCAGGAAAGAGUGUUUUGAUCGAGCCUACUGGUGGCAACACCGGCAUCGGGCUCGCAUUCAUGGCGGCCGCCAAGGGCUACAGGCUCAUCGUCACCAUGCCGGCGUCGGUGAGCAUGGAGAGGAGGACCGUGCUCAAGGCCUUCGGCGCGGAGGUGGUGCUCACCAACCCACUCCUCGCCAUGGACGACGUGGUGCGGAGGGCGGAGGAGAUCGCCGCCAAGACGCCCAACUCCUACGUUCUCCAGCAGUUCGAGAACCCGGCGAAUCCCAAGGUACAUUACGAGACAACGGGGCCGGAGAUAUGGAGCGGUACUGCCGGCGCAGUGGACAUCCUCGUGGCCGGCAUAGGAACCGGCGGCACGAUCACGGGGGCAGGGAAGUACCUCAAGGAGAUGAACCCCGAAAUCAAGAUCUACGGCGUGGAGCCGUCAGAGUGCGCCGUUUUGUCCGGAGGGAAGCCUGGGCCGCACAAAAUCCAAGGUCUCGGUGCCGGUUUCGUUCCUGGCGUCCUCGACGUCAGCAUCCUCGAUGAAGUCUUCCAAAUCACGAACGAGGAAGCCGCGGCCAUGGCGAAGCAGAUAGCCUUGAAAGAAGGCCUUCUGGUCGGGAUGUCAUCCGGCGCUACCGCGGCUGCUGCUAUCAGGGUCGCCCGAAGGGCCGAAAACAGAGGCAAACUCAUCCUCGUUGUGUUCGCGAGCUUCGGAGAGCGCUACCUGUCAUCGUUUCUCUUCGAGUCCAUCAGAAAGGAGGCGGAAAAUAUGGUCUCUGAGCCAUGA